GAUGAUCCGUGUGGCUGCGUUUAACGUGGACCGCGCAGUGAUCCUCCUCCACCGACUCGGAGUGAGGCAGCGGCAACAGCAGCAUGAUGAUGAUGAUGAUGAUGAUGAUGAUGAUGAUGAUGAUGAUGAUGAUGAUGAUGAUGAUGAUGAUGAUGAUGAUGAUGAUGAUGAUGAUGAUGAUGAUGAUGAUGAUGAUGAUGAUGAUGAUGAUGAUGAUGAUGAUGAUGAUGAUGAUGAUGAUGAUGAUGCCAUCAGUUAUCAUCCCCCUAAACAUGAUGUUCCCCGUGGAGAGCGGGAGAUGCGAGCAGCUCAAUUCCGACGCGGCUGAAGGCGGAAAUGCCUCCACCG